AUGAAUAAAUUUUUCCAGCUAGCAAAGGGAGUCGUUUACCUGGGAGACAAUCAAAAGGAAUUAUUCGAACUAUAUGACACCUAUCUGGAGGACAAAAAUGACAUCAUCAAAGCGGCUUUCAAUAAUUACACGGGAAAAAAGCGAGUCGAUUAUGUAACGGAACGUAUGCAUAAGGUUCUCGGUUACUACUUGACAAAGGACCAGAUAAAGCGGAUGGAAGGCGUCCUGGAACAAGAAGAUGGCAAAACCAAAUCAACGCAGGACCUCAUCGCAGCUGUGGAGAAAGAAGUAGCCAAGGACAUUGGCGAGAAGAAAGCUAAAACAGCCGUGGAAAAUGCGAUGAAGGAACUACGACUUCUCGGCAAGCACCAUGUGGGAUUUCUCGAGAAAGCCAACAAACAUUUCUUUUCUCUUAUUAGACACGAUGAACUUUGA